AUGGCUGUCCAGACGGCGCUCGCCCAGAUCACAUCGAUCUUGAUACGAAUUUUAUCGUAUUUCUUCCUUCGUUGGGUUUCUGCUCCUAUCGUCCCCCCGGUUAUAUUCAGCCUCCUCGCCGUCAAUGUGCCAGCAUUCAUUUUCAGCCAUUGGGCUGAGCCCAAAUACGAAGUGGUCGGAGAAGAGAUCGACAUAAUUGUCACCGACACCGAGGUGACGAACGAGAAUGGAGACGGUUCUGAGAUGGGAGAGGUGAACGUUUCCGAUACUGUGAUUCUCGGAAGGAGGUCCAUAUCCCCAUGGAGAAGUCUUCUCUUGGGCGCCCCAAGCCCAAGCAAGCUGCUGUCGCUUCUGGCUGUGGCCAUCAACGUCGCCCUGGUCGCUAUGGUUGCCGACCGCCUUUUCUCUGAGCACUCAGUCACCGCCGCCGACUUGUCGUUUGUGCGCCCAGGGUAUAUUUCGGACACGCAGGCCAAGUUUGUCAUCCGCGAACCGGACCAGUCCAAGAUGCCCGUCUCUAUGCAGAUCCGGAUCAAGGAUGCUCAGCCGCCAUUUGACAGCCCUGUCUGGCAGACGGUCGGAGGCACACGGUGGACCGAUAAUUCGACCGACUACACUGUCGUGUUGACCGUCCCGCUGCAGAACCCGGUCCAGCGCAUUUAUGAGUGGAAGACGUCCAACAACCACUCGGGCGAGUUCAUGGCUGGUCCGAAAGCUGGCAAGGCACCUGCCCUGUUCAACGGCAGCUUUACCUUUGUCACCACCUCAUGCGUCCUGUCACGGGUGCCUUACUCCCCGCUCGACCACCCGCUGGCCAUUCCGGGCCUCCGGUAUUUGGCGAACGUCUUGCCGAAGCUCAAUGCGCAGUUCAUGCUGUUUCUGGGCGACUUUAUUUACAGCGACGUGCCGCGUUAUUGGGGCAAGUCGGUCGAGGACUACCGUCAGAAGUACCGACAGGUGUAUGCAUCGCCGGACUGGAAGGCCGUGGGCCAAAAUCUGAGCUGGAUUCACGUGCUGGACGAUCAUGAGAUCAAGAACGACUGGUCGGAAAACAGUACCGGUGUCUACGAAGCGGCUGUCGACCCUUGGCACCACUACCACACAGGCGCGAACCCCCCGGCUGCCCGGCAGGCAGGUACUCAAAGCCUGCGUCCCGGUGCAACGUAUUUCGAGUUUGCGCAGGGUCCGGCAAGCUUCUUUAUGCUAGACACGCGCUCGUACCGGUCCAGCAACAGUCUGCCGUUCAACAGCACGGAUAAGUCGAUGCUGGGCGCAGAGCAGCUGGCGGACUUGCUGGACUAUCUGCGUCGGCCGGAGCCCCGGGGCAUCAAGUGGAAGAUUGUGGCGUCUUCGGUGCCCUUCACAAAGAACUGGCGCAUCAAUCGGCGCGAUACUUGGGGCGGCUUCCUGUCUGAGCGCCAGGUUAUUUUCGAGGCCAUGUGGGAUGCUGGUCUGCGUGGCACUGGAGUGGUGAUCUUGUCGGGUGACCGGCAUGAGUUUGCAGCCACCCAGUUUCCCCCUCCGGCCAAUUCUCAGUGGCCUGCAAGCGUUGCGGUGCACGAGUUCUCGGCAAGCCCACUGAGCCAAUUCUAUUCCCCAGUCCCUUCCUACUUCCAGUGGGACGACGAGGACGUCAAGCUUGAAUAUAUCCACCGGGGAAACAGCAAGUUCGGGGCUGUCACUAUCAACCAGACCAUCGGAGAGAGCGACCAGAGCAAUCUACAUUACCGUCUUUUUAUCGAUGGCGCUGAAACAUGGAACACAACGAUCGUGUCUCCUGUGGCAGUGAUAGAGGAGCCGAAGAGCAGUUCAAUUUGGAAUAAGAUUCUGGGUCGCUAG